UAUGUACCUUCCAGGACACACGGGGGCGGCAAUACGACACUUAUCUUGCAGUUUUCUCGUACCCCUCUGAAAAAACAUGGCCGCCUCCAUGGCGCUUCGAAGAGAAUUUUGCUCCCUGGCAAGGAUACUGAGCGGAAUAUCACUUUCGGCACCCCAGGUUCUGGGCCAUUAUGCAGGACACAAGAAAUGGAUCACAACUCGGUGUCCCUUCCACACGGCCACGGUGCUUUCAUCAACAGCGUCACCGAUCACUGUGACGGAGGAGCCCGACACGCUGUUCCGGAAGGUGACCGUGCUGGUUAAAGGCCACGACAGGGCUGUCUUGGACAGCUAUGAGUAUUUCGCCACCAUGGCGGCCAAAGAGCUCGCCAUCAGCAUUGGCAAAGCUUUUGAGCCACCCAAAGACAUGGAGCGGUUUACGCUGCUGAAGUCAGUCCACAUCUUCAAAAAACACAGAGUUCAGUAUGAGAUGAGGACACACUACAGGUGUAUCGAGCUGUCUCAUUUAACAAGCUCCACAGCUCGGGUGUAUCUGGAAUAUAUUCAGCGGAACCUUCCGGAAAGUGUAGCCAUGCAGGUGACAAAGACUGCUAUGGAGAAAAUUCCAGAGCACAUCCAUGAGCCCAUGUGGAGGGACGAGCCCACGGAGGAAGCGCAGAAGCCCAGUCAAUAAAUCCAUACCAUCUGGGAGAGUUGAAAAGAGAAUAAUGUCCAUCCAUCCAUCCAUCCAUCCAUCCUUCAAUACUGCUUGUCCUUAUUAGGGUCGCGGGUGUGCUGGAGCCCGGCUAACUUUGGGCGAGAGGCAGAGUACACUGAACCGGUCGCCAGCGACUCGCACGGCACAUAUAGACAAACAAGCAGUCAAGUUCACAUGUAAGGACAAUUUAGACGCUUCAAUGAGUGUUUGUCAUGUUCAUUAAUCACAAUUUUUAUUUUUACUUAUGUGGUGAAUAAAUCAAAACAAAAAUUCA